UCACCAUCACCACCACCACCACCACCCCCACCACUCCCAUCCUCCCCACCUCACUGACCGGGCACUACUUGUCGCAGUUCGGUUCAAUAGCACGCACGCACGCACUCACGCACAUUCAGCCCUGCCGGCAGAAAUACACCACACCCUCCACACACCACCCACCGCGCCGCCAUCAUGGGUCUCACGUUCUCGAAGCUGUUUGACCGCCUCUGGGGCAAGAAGGAGAUGAGAAUUUUGAUGGUCGGUUUGGACGCAGCUGGAAAAACUACCAUCUUGUACAAGCUCAAGCUGGGCGAAAUUGUCACCACCAUCCCGACCAUUGGUUUCAACGUCGAGACGGUUGAGUACAAGAACAUUCAGUUCACUGUAUGGGACGUCGGUGGACAGGACAAGAUCCGACCUCUGUGGAGGCAUUACUUCCAGAACACCCAAGGCAUCAUCUUCGUCGUCGACAGCAACGAUCGCGAUCGUGUGGUCGAGGCCCGCGAGGAGCUGCAACGUAUGCUGAAUGAGGACGAGCUCCGUGACGCUCUGCUCUUGGUCUUUGCCAACAAGCAGGAUCUGCCAAAUGCUAUGAAUGCUGCAGAGAUUACAGACAAGCUCGGACUGCACAGCUUGAGGCAACGCGCCUGGUACAUCCAAUCGACCUGCGCCACAUCUGGUGACGGUCUCUACGAGGGUCUCGAGUGGUUGAGUAACUCGCUGCGCAAGGCUGGUCACAACUAGACGGCGCCGUCCCGUUACGCAUCCAGUGACCAAGCACGAAUCUAUAAGAAGCACAUGGACUGGCUAGAUUCCCGUGCGCAUGAUUGGCAUGUUAAAACUCGAGUUUGCGGCAGCAGGACAAGCAGCGAGGACAACAGGCAAGAAGGGAGUUUGGCAGGAUGGAUGUUGUGCCGGAUUAGCGUCUCAUCCAUGGCUAGCGUGCUGAUGUCCUGUGCCAUUUUCCAUGCUUCUGCCAUGAGAGCAAGGUUGCUGCACUCCGGAGGGGACUCUGCAAGGCGUUGUGUCUUCUUUCAUGGGCAGAGAUGUGCGCGAUAUAACACUGAGUAUGAACGUCUUGC